CUCUCAUCAUGUUGACCCUCGCUAAAGCCAUUGCUAUACUCGCCUACACCGGCGCAGUUACUGCGACACCUGUCCCAGAUGCUGGCGCCUCUUUUACUCUAGAGUCGAAAGAAGUCCAUGGAGCCCCCAUGCACCAGCUCGAGCACAUCGUCAACAUCAAGCGCAGUUUCGGCGUCGAGGUACACCCCAAGCUCGCAGAGGCUGCGAACCAGUUUGCGGUUAAGAGACACGCCACGCUGGCUGCUCGCCAGGCCACUGGCACUGCAUUUGGUAAAAGUCCUGACCCGUGGGACACGAUGUUUGUGUAUCCCGUGCAGAUUGCUGGCAAGACCUUCCGUCUCUUCGGUACGACGUCAUCUUCCGAUACCUGGGUGUAUUCCUCCGUUAUUCCCAAGAACCAGACUGUCAGCCACGCAGUCUACGACACCAACCCUGCCCAUAAGAAACCGGGUAAUUUCUCCAUUGGAUAUGACGGCGCCAAUGCGCAGGCAGAAGGCGAUUUAUACGUUGAGCCCAUAACCGUCGGCGGCAUAACCGCCAAAACAACCUUUGGAGCCGCCACCCAAGCUAUUGAGGGUCUCACAGACGACAAGACUGUGGACGGCUUCCUCGGGCUCGGCCCCACGGAAUACAACUUCCUCGGCGACAUGGGCACAGAAAACACUUGGUUCGUCAACGCGCUCCCGCAGCUCGCAAAACCCGUCUUUGCCGUCGCCCACACAAAGGGGCACGGCGUCUUCGAAUUCGGCUUCAUCAACCAGAAGAAAAUCAGCGGGGCUAUCACGUGGGUCGACAACGUCCUCGAAGACUACUGGGCCGCCUACAGCUUCUAUGGCGAAGGCUGGAGCGUUGGCGACCAGCACGCUAAGACUGCGCCGCGCAAGAUGAACAUUCAUUUGAAUUCUGGCACGGAUGUUAGUUUCACAGACCCGGAUAUCGUCAAGGAGUGGUACUCGCAUAUCCCCGGCGCAGUCACAAAGGAUGAACAAGGCUACACGAUCCCCUGCAACAGCAAGCCCCCAGGCUGGACCGUCGUUAUCGGCGGCCGCAAGUUCUUCACGCCUGGUUGCCAACUCAUUUCGCAGCCCGUCGAUGACGCCGGUAAGAUCUGUCUGGGUGGACUGCAGAACAUUGGUGGAGGUGUGGAUUUCCAUCUCUUCGGCACAAACUUUUUCAAGGGCAAGUAUGUCAUUCACGACUUUACGAACCCCAAGAAAGUCAAGCUCGGGUUUGCGCUGCAGCCUAGUUCCAAGUAA